CUAUUUUCCUUCCACUGGGCACUGCUACCACCACCACUUUCUUCUUUCUUCAUUUAGCGAACGCAAAAAACACCAAAAACAGCAAAAGCACCGCAACUUCGCUGUAAUCGUGGUGUUUUUUUGUUUAAUCCGCAAAGAAAUAUCCCCAUUAGAAAAACCACCACGAAAAGGAAGCUUUUGGCGGGUUAGAUCGGAUUCGCAUUUGCUUUGGUUCCAUCAUAAAGUGGCAGGAUGGUUGCACAGGGCUUCACUGUUGACCUGAAUAAGCCUCUUGUCUUCCAGGUUGGUCAUCUUGGAGAAGCUUAUGAGGAAUGGGUUCACCAGCCUAUUGUAAGCAAGGAAGGUCCUCGAUUUUUUGAGAGUGAUUUUUGGGAGUUCCUCACUCGCACAGUUUGGUGGGCUAUUCCAGUUAUUUGGUUGCCAGUUGUGUGCUGGUGCAUCUCAAUGUCUGUACGAAUGGGCCAUAAACCUUCUGAGAUAGCCUUGAUGGUGGCUUCUGGCAUUUUAAUCUGGACAUUGCUGGAAUACAGUUUGCAUCGCUUUGUUUUCCACAUCAAAACGAAGACUUAUUGGUGGAACACCUUACACUACCUUAUUCACGGCUGUCAUCACAAGCACCCUAUGGAUGGUUUGCGGCUUGUCUUUCCUCCAGCUGCAACAGCUGUUCUUUGUGUGCCAUUCUGGAACUUGGUUCAACUUUUCGCUACUCCCUCAACUGCUCCUGCGUUAUUUGGAGGUGGUUUGUUGGGUUAUGUGAUGUACGACUGUACUCAUUAUUACUUGCAUCAUGGUCAGCCAUCAAGUGGAGUACCAAAGGAUCUCAAGAAAUACCACUUGAAUCAUCACUUCAGAAUCCAAAAUAUGGGUUUUGGAAUCACUUCAGCCCUGUGGGACAGGGUGUUUGGAACACUUCCUCCAUCAAAAGUAGUUGAAAAGAGUAGAUGAUUUAAAUUGGAGGUACAGUUACAACUAGUGAGGGUUCAAGGGUGGGUUUGAAGUUUUCAUGUCUUUUAUUGCUAAACAUUCUUUCUUGUCCUGCUAUCAAUUGAUUUAUAUAUAGCAUGUUAAUCCUAAAUGGUCUCUACCACUUUGGUGUAUACUCUGAAUUUUUUGUGGUAAUAUUUAUGUUCGAGAAAUUGUGUAUUUUAGUUUGGCCUGCCGGUCAGCAGCGAAUAAAAAGGGCUGGAUGGAGGGAUUGGAAAAACAGAAGUAAGAAAUUAAUUAAAA